AUGGAGGUUGACGAUAUGUACAACAAACCCAUGCUCAGUUUGGAACAGGCCCAGAACGCGAUGCGGCAUGUGCGGUUACAACUGACAGCGCGGCGAAAGUCGACAACCGACCACCCACCGCGCGCUCACAUGGCCGUGGUCGACGAUGCCGGAAACCUGCUGGCCUACGCCCGGAUGGACCGCUGCCUGAGGCCCACCUUCGCUAUUCGCAAGGCCUACACCUCCGCGGUCCGUUCCAUGGAUACCGCCGCCUUCGCCGAGCAACUCAGCAGCUCGGGCAGGUCCCUUGAGUCCUUCGGCGAUCCCCAGGUGAUAGCGAUUCCAGGCGGAGUCGCCGUUAUCAGCGACGGGGCCGUGGUCGGCGCCAUCGGCGUGGGCGGCCUGCCCAGCGGGCUCGACGACGAGGCCAUCGCCAGGGCCGGGGUAGCCGCGCUGGGCAUUUAA